GGGCGGGGGCCGGAGAUGCCAGGAGGCCCCUCUUUCUCCCGGUGGCCUCGGUCUGCCCCAGAGCGGCCCGGACGGGGUUGCCCAAGACCCAAGGCGGGGGGGCGGUACCGGGAUGCUGAAAGGGCGGGGGUGGGGGCAGAGGGGCUGCCCGGCCGGGGAGUCUGGAGCCUAGGGUGUCAGGAUCCCCCCCGCCACCAGCGAUCUUGGACAAGUCAUUCCUCCUUUCUGGGUCUCAGUUUCCUUGCUGUCAGAUGGGAGAGACGUUGAGUCCCUCUCUCUUCCUUGACCAAACGCGGGCAGUUCUAGAAGGAGCCUGAGUUGAGUGGGAUCCAGACUGGCGUGGCAGGUACCUGCCUAUCCCUGGGCGUUAGGCUGUUGUUUUUUACCCAGUUUAGCCAUUCUUUUUCUCGGCGACGUUCUUAGUGCGAGUCAAGGCUCUGUGACUAGACUGCCCGGAUCUCGCCAGGACAGAAUGCUUUGAGCUCCAAGCUGUUUUAAAUCUGGUAGAUAAGCCAGAUACUGUUCUGUAAGCCCUUGGCCCACACUGAAGUGGGAAUGCAGUUUUCUUGGAUGUCUGGAACUUUCUAGGCACCAGUCUCUGAAGUCCUGCUUGCUGGCCAAAGGACUAGAAUACUGGGGUGGUUCACGAGCUGGUCACCCGUGCAGGAUAACCACACAGCAAAAAUGUUUGCAAAACUGAAGAAGAAAAUUGCAGAAGAGACCGCUGUGGCUCAGAGGCCAGGGGGCGCUACUAGGAUACCACGGUCAGUGAGCAAGGAAUCGGUUGCCUCUAUGGGAGCUGACUCGGGAGAUGACUUUGCUUCCGAUGGAAGCAGCUCCAGAGAAGAUCUUUCAUCCCAGCUCUUGAGAAGGAAUGAACAGAUCCGGAAACUUGAAGCCAGACUUUCUGACUAUGCUGAACAGGUCCGAAACUUGCAGAAGAUAAAAGAGAAGCUUGAAAUUGCAUUAGAAAAACACCAGGAUUCUUCCAUGCGGAAAUUUCAAGAGCAGAAUGAGACAUUCCAAGCCAACAGAGCCAAAAUGGCAGAAGGACUGGCUUUGGCAUUAGCCAGAAAGGACCAGGAAUGGUCAGAAAAAAUGGAUCAGCUUGAAAAGGAGAAAAGGUUUCUGACAGCUCAGUUACAGGAAAUGAAGAACCAGAGUUUGAAUCUUUUCCAAAGGAGGGAUGAAAUGGAUGAAUUAGAGGGGUUCCAGCAACAGGAACUAAGUAAAGUAAAGCACAUGCUUUUAAAAAAAGAAGAAAGUCUGGGGAAAAUGGAGCAAGAGUUGGAAGCUAGAACCAGAGAACUUAGUCACACCCGGGAGGAGUUGAUGACCUCCAGUCAAAUGUCAUCAGACUUGAGCCAGAAGCUAGAAGAAUUGCAGAGACACUGCUCAGCGCUGGAAGAGCAGAGAGAUCAUGUGACAGCUUCAAACACAGGUGUGGAAAAUAAAAUCUCAGCCCUGGAGCAAAAGGAACAAGAGCUCCAAGCAUUCAUUCAGCAGCUUUCCACGGAUUUGCAGAAGGCCACUGCUGAGACUCAAGAGAAGGAAAUACUCAUCACCCAUUUGCAGGAGAAGGUCUCGUCCUUGGAGAAGAGACUAGAGCAGAACUUAUCAGGAGAAGAACACGUGCAAGAACUGCUGAAAGAGAAAACUGUUGCUGAGCAGAAUUUGGAGGAUACCAGACAGCAGCUCCUGGCAGCCAGAAGCAGCCAGGCCAAGGCCAUUGACGUCUUGGAGACUCGGGUGAAGGAGCUCGAGCAGAGCUUGCUGGCAUCGGAGGAGAAGCUGAAGCACAGCGGGGAUGUCGCGGCGGCCCAGGAGGCUCGGAUUCAGGAGCUCGCCGCCGCACACAGGGAGAGCAGCCUGGCGCAGCAGCAGGUGCUGGCUCGGGAGCAGCAGGGCAUGGAGCACGUCCGCACGCUGGAGGCCCAGCUCGCUGCCCUGGAGAGAGCGCGGGCGGCUGAGCAGAUGGCCGCGGAGCAAGCGGUGAGACAGCUGGAGCAAGAAAACGCAGCCCUCAAAGAAAGUAAGAGUGAAUGUGAGCGUUCUUUACAACACCGCCAGCUUGAGCUGAAGAAGCUAAAGGAAGAAUGGAGCCAAAGAGAAAUUGUGAGUGUGGCCAUGGCUCAAGCCCUGGACGAGGUGCGGAAGCAAAGGGAGGAGCUCCAGCAGCAGGCUGCUGACCUCACAGCUGUCGUAGAGGAGAAGGAGCAGACUCUGCAGGAAAAAACCGAGGUGAUUCUCCAGAAAGAGCAGGAGAUUUUCCAGCUGAAGAAAGGUCACGACUCUGCCCUGUCGCAGAUGCACCAGCUGCAGAGUGAACUGGAGGCCCUGCAGAGCCUGAGGGCGGAGGAGGCCGAGGCUGCUGCAGCAGACGACGUGCUGAGGCUGCCCAGCCCGGACCAGGGCAUGGCGCUGUCAGUGCCCGAGCCACACGUAACCUCAAGGGCCACGGGGGGCCCUGUGUACCAGCUUCCAGCAGCAGAGGGAAUCCCAAACGGCGAGGUGGAGGUCAUGGACCUAGGGCAGCUACAGAAGGAAAAACAGGACUUGGAGCAGCAACUUCUGGAGAAAAAUAAGACCAUAAAGCAGAUGCAGCAGAGGAUGCUGGAACUCAGAAAGACUCUCCAGAAGGAACUGAAAAUCAGACCCGACAACGAGCUCUUUGAAGUCCGGGACAAGCCUGGCCCUGAGAUGCCGAACAUGGCUCCUUCUGUCACAAACAGCGCAGACCUGACCGAUGCCCGCGAGAUCAACUUUGAAUACCUGAAGCACGUGGUUCUGAAAUUCAUGUCCUGUCGGGAAUCUGAGGCUUUUCACCUUAUAAAAGCUGUGUCAGUGUUGCUGAACUUCUCACAAGAAGAAGAGAACAUGCUCAAAGAAACCCUGGAGUAUAAGAUGUCGUGGUUUGGGUCCAAGCCAGCCCCCAAGGGCAGCAUCCGGCCCUCCAUCUCCAACCCUCGGAUACCCUGGUCCUAGAUGGAGGUACUGACAGGCGAGCGCCACGCGGUGACACUUUUUCUGUGAAAAGAACACUGACACACCAGUCCGGGUGGGUUUUUAAUCACUGUAACUGCAGUAUUUUGUACAAGCGUCAAAACAUUGUUUACAAGACUUAAGGCCGCCUUCCCGGCAGACGGACCCAAGCCUCGGAGCUGGCGGACCCAGUGUCCGUGCGCUCACCGAGCCGGAGGGUCCUGGCGCGCCCCACAUCUCCCCAGCGCUGCUCGCAUCCCAGCUCUGGCCACUGCCCGUCUGCGCCAGAGCCCGCCGAGUGUCUGCGUUCGCACUUGAAGCUGCAGCGGCCGUCUCGGGCAGGGAGGAGGCCCGGUCCAGCCCGCGGAGAUGGCUCCGGGCGUGAAGGCGGCCUGGCGGAGUGGUGGUCGUGGGCCUGCCCCGCCUGCUUCUGCCGUACACAGCAGCUCGCUGGGCUGGGCUUUCCCGGUUAGCAUGUUUGGGGUUGGAUGAGCUAGAAGAGGCUUUUUAACCUUUCCUCUCAAGAAAACAUUAUUUCACCUUGUUCCCAAACCACCCAGAGCUUUAGGCGUGCACAUCUCUAAGGUACUCUGGGGCCAGGGUGGACUCCUGCAUAUGCAACUCUGACAGUAUCUCACCUUACUGAGGAGAACUAGCGAAUCUAUAAAAAAGAUCCUUAGUACCAAAUACACUCAAUUGCCUUUUUAAUGAAUGUACUUGUCUUGGAUAGGUUGCUGGUAAACCAUUUUAAACUAUUUUUUAUAGCUAAAGUUCUUCGCUAUUAUAAACAUGUCUCUGUAUUAUAAAAUCCAUUUAACUGGUGUUCUUGAAGGCAAAUCAGAGCAUCAAGAGAAAACUAUUUCUAGGAUUGGGACACCUCUCCCUUUUUUAAUUUCACUAGCAUUCUGUGGUCUCUGCUUCCCUCUGAAGCAGUGGUGGUAUUUUGUUUGCUUUGCUUUUAACUCCGUGUUGUAAGACUGAGCAAAUGCAAAUCCCGUUUGCUGUGGUUAAGGACCGUCUG